AUGGCUCGUAAACUUAGUCUCCUGGCUCUUGCAAGCCUUGUUUCUCUGUCAGUUCAGCAGAAUUGCGCAGCAUUAUUUGGUCAAUGUGGAGGCAUUGGAUGGACCAGCCCAACAUGCUGUGUUUCUGGUGCCCAGUGCACCUACGUGAAUGACUGGUAUUCUCAGUGUCUUGCCUCAACUGGAGGCGGCGGUCCUACUAGUGGAUCAUCAACUUCAUCCAGUUCGGUUUCAAGAUCCUCAUCCGCCGUCUCAUCGCCUGGGGGCGGCUCACCAACUGGCGGUGCGUCCACGUAUACGACAACCGAUACUGCGACGGUUGCUCCCCAUUCCCAGUCUCCUUACCCAAGUGUUGCUGCCUCCAGCUGCGGCUGUACCUGUGCCACGCCACCUUCUGUGGAUUGCAAAUCUGGAACUAUGUACCCAGAAGUCCACCAUGUAACUAGCAAUGAGACUUGGCACUACAGCAGAUCUACGCAUUUCGGCUUGACAAGCGGCGGAGCUUGCGGCUUUGGCCUCUAUGGUCUCUGCACAAAAGGCAGUGUCACUGCGAGCUGGACAGAUCCUAUGUUGGGAUCAACUUGUGAUGCUUUCUGCACAGCAUACCCUUUGCUUUGCAAAGACCCUACGGGCACUACUCUUCGCGGUAACUUUGCAGCACCAAACGGGGAUUACUAUUCACAGUUUUGGUCUUCUCUGCCAGGAGCUCUAGAUAACUACCUGUCUUGUGGCGAAUGCAUUGAGCUCAUCCAGACAAAACCAGACGGAACCGACUAUGCUGUAGGAGAAGCUGGCUAUACUGAUCCGGUCACUCUGGAAAUAGUAGAUAGCUGCCCUUGUAGCGCAAAUUCCAAGUGGUGCUGUGGCCCCGGUGCCGAUCAUUGUGGAGAGAUCGAUUUCAAAUAUGGUUGCCCUCUCCCGGCCGACAGCAUUCAUCUCGACCUCUCGGACAUUGCCAUGGGACGCCUACAGGGCAACGGUUCGCUCACAAAUGGUGUAAUUCCAACUCGAUACAAGAGAGUCCCUUGCCCCAAGGUUGGAAAUGUUUAUAUAUGGCUUCGAAAUGGCGGGGGACCGUACUACUUCGCUCUGACAGCCGUGAACACAAAUGGACCUGGAUCAGUCACCAAGAUUGAGAUCAAGGGCGCAGGCACAAAUACUUGGGUUGCUUUGGACCAUGAUCCAAACUACACCAGCAGUCGCCCACAAGAACGAUAUGGCAGCUGGGUAAUUCCACAGGGGUCAGGUCCGUUUAAUUUGCCCGUUGGAAUACGCCUUACUAGCCCAACGGGGGAGCAGAUUGUGAAUGAGCAAGCCAUCAAGACAUUUACUCCACCAGCGACAGGAGAUCCAAACUUCUAUUACAUCGACAUCGGCGUCCAGUUCAGUCAAAAUUAA